AUGACGACACAAAACCCUCCCCCAGAAACACCAGCGCUCCCUCCUAAUGUAAUAAUCUUCAACCCAAAAUCACCCUCAUCCGUCAACGCCCUUCUCAACGCUGGCAUCUUCACACGCCUCGUCGCCAGCUCAUCCUGCACGCCAGAAAAACUAGCUGCCAUCAAGAAAUAUCCCGGUGUGCAAGACGAUUUCUGUCUUAUCCACCGCAACGCUGUGCUCAUCUUUGACGCAGGCGACGAUGAGGAUGCGCAUCAUGAGCAUUUUAGGGUGAUCUGUCUUGCGCUUAAAGAGCAUGAUAUUGGACUUGAUGUUGCGGGCUGUAUACAUGACGCGACUGAUGCGCUUGCGGCGGGGUUUCAGCUUGAUAAGUUGAAUGAUAAAGCGGCUUUGGUCAUUGAUCUUGUCGUGGAGGAGGAUAGUGAUGAGGAUUCGGAUGCUUGA